CGAAUAAGAAAGGAAGACAACAUGGCACAGAGUACAUCGGAAAAAAGACCUGUUAAAAAAUCGGAGCGUUCUUCGCCUCUCACAGACAAGAUCCGUGCUCGAUUAUCUUGCGACAAUUUAACCCUGAUAUGGAGGCCAAUAGGACAUUAUCAGGAACUUGCCAAAAGGAGGUGCCAAAGAAUUUUCGCUAAACCAGGAAAGGAAUACGAUUUAGCGUUGUUUUAUCAUGAAAUGACAUUUUACGUGAUGAGUGCUUGGUGUACACAUAUGGGGGGACCUUUAUACGAGGGAGAGAUAGAAGAUUAUAAAGGUAGCUGUCAUGUUAUGUGCCCCUGGCAUGCAUUCAUGUUCGAUCUCAAAACCGGCACAAACGAUAUUGGUUUAAAGCAAGAAGUGUAUCCAGUUAAAAUAGAAGAAGGAACAGUCUAUGUGAUGUAUAAGUACGAUUUAGCACUCCAUCCAUUUAUUUAGUUACCUAUGCAAUAUUAUUACAAUUCAAAAGAGGCUGUUAAAUGUUGAACUAUAGUGAUAGCAAACUACAACAAAAGUAUGAAAUCGUAUUUGUGUAUGGAAACGAAUGUCCAGUUUGUCUUGCAUGUACUAAAUUUAUUAUAUUGUUGGUACGCCAUUAUCGGAUUGAUGUGUCAUUGAGCACCAAAACAUGUGGAAACAAAAACACGGUUAUCAUUCUCCCUCUUUUUACAUUAAUGAAAAAACCAACGAGUUCAUAAUAUUAUCAAAUAAAUCUGUGUUCAAAAUUAAAAUGAAUUUUAACACCGUUCAUGUUCUCUUGAUAACAGUGCAAACUUUCUUUAAGAAAUAGUCGACUAACUAGUCCUGAGAAAUGUAUGAUAUUCCUUGCCUUAAUAAUAUUUACAGUAUUUAGUAUAGUGUCAACUAGACUUUAAGGGAAGCAACUUCGAAGAAAGAAAUAAAACCUUGUUGUUGGUUUAAAUAAAAUUAGUUGUUAUGUAUGUUGAUAUUUGAAUAAAAAUAAGGAAAACUGAAGAAAAAUAUAAGAACG